AUGGCUAGUUUUGUGUCCUUUUCCGAGGAGGCGGUCUUCUCGCGUCCGAUCUGUCUGGAGGUGUUCAUCAGUCCCGUCUCAACAACCUGUGGUCACAACUUCUGCAGAACCUGUAUUACCAAGUUCUGGUUUGAACAGGACCGGUACAAAUGUCCUGUUUGCAACGAGCUCUUCCACACACGACCUGCUCUAUGGGUCAACACCUUCAUCUCAGGGAUGGCUGCUGAGUUUACAAGGUCUGUCCGACACAAAGUGCCUUGUGUUGAACCGGGAGACGUUCCCUGUGAGGUCUGUACCGGCACCAAGCUGAAGGCCGUUAAGUCCUGCCUAAAUUGUCAAACCUCCUGCUGCCACGCCCAUCUGGAGCCUCAUCAGAGAGUCGCAGGACUGAGGAGACAUCGGCUGGUCGAGCCUAUGGAUCGUCUGGAGGACAGGCUGUGUACGACACACUCUCAACUCCUGGAGCUCUUCUGCCAGACUGAGCAGGUGUUUGUGUGUCAGAUCUGCACAGAGAUGGGCCACACGUUCCAUCCUUUUGUACCUCUGAAGGAGGAAUGUAAGAUACCUUCAGGAGUUCCUCAGGGUCGGCUGCAGGAGACGCUGAACACGGAGAUGAGGCAGCUGCGUGACGCCGAGCUCAGGAGCCUCCGGCAGUACGAGGUCGACGUGACUCUGGAUCCUUGCACGGCCGACCCUCAGCUCGUCCCGUCCGGCGACGGGAAAACAAAGCAGGGCUUCUCCUCAGGGAGGUUCUGCUUUGAGGUUCAGACCGGAGGAAAGACCGAAUGGGAGGUCGGAGUGGCGAGAAGGUCCGCCAACAGAGUAGGACGAGUCACGUCGUCCCCUGAGAACGGCUACUGGACGAUCAGCCUCCGGAACAAAGAGUUGGUGGUGAACUGCGACCCUGGGGUGGGGGCGAUGGUUCAUCUCUACUCUGCUACUGGCUGCACCUUCACUGAGCCUCUCCACCCAAUACUCACACCGGGCCUCUACAAUGGCGGCCAGAACCCCGCCUCCCUGAUCAUCACACCUGUCAAUCAUAGGACA